UGAAGAGAAACUUAAAUCGUCAACACUUCAUCCGAGUGAGAGGAAGGAGAACAGAGCGGACUGUGGAGGACCAGAACCAGCCAGGACCUCAGGACCUGAUGGACGUUUACAACCAGGUCCUGAGGACAAGGCUGAAGACUCUUCUGAGACUGAAGUCAGUGAGGAUGAUUGGAUGGAGACCAGGGAAACUCAAACUGGUUUAAAUACGAGAAAUAACAAACAGCCUCUAAGUGAAAUGGGAUGUGAGACAGAAAAAAAAACGUUUAGUUGUUCUGAGUGUGGUAAAAGAUUUAGCAAAAGGAGCGAACUUAACAGACAUACUAGGAGUCAUACAGGAGAGAAACCGUUCAGUUGCUCUGAGUGUGGUAAAAGAUUUAGUGAAAGGGCGAAUCUAAAUAUACAUAUGAGGAUUCAUACAGGAGAGAAACCGUUUAGUUGCUCUGAGUGUGGUAAAAGAUUUAGCAAAGGGAGCGAUCUUAACAGACAUAUGAUGAUUCAUACAGGAGAGAAACCGUUCAGUUGCUCUGAGUGUGGUAAAAGAUUUAGUGAAAGGGCGAAUCUAGAUAUGCAUACGAGGAUUCAUACAGGAGAGAAACCGUUUAGUUGCUCUGAGUGUGGCAAAAGAUUUAGUCGAAUGGGCAGUCUAAAUACACAUAAGAAGACUCAUACAGGAGAGAAACCGUUUAGUUGCUCUGAGUGUGGUAAAAGAUUUAGCAAAAGGAGUGAUCUUAACAGACAUAUGAUGAUUCAUACAGGAGAGAAACCGUUCAGUUGCUCUGAGUGUGGUAAAAGAUUUAUUGAAAGGGCGAGUUUAAAUACACAUAUGAGGAUUCAUACAGGAGAGAAACCGUUUAGUUGCUCUGAGUGUGGGAAAAGAUUUUGUCAAAGUUGCGGUCUAAAUAGACAUAAGAAGACUCAUACAGGAGAGAAACCGUUUAGUUGCUCUGAGUGUGGUAACAGAUUUAGCCGUAAGUCCCAUCUAAAUACACAUAUGAGGAGUCAUACAGGAGAGUAACCGUUCAGUUGAUCUGAGUGGUAAAAGAUUUAAGAUCCAGUCCUAGUGUACAAGACGUGAGGAUUCAUAAAGGAGAGAAGUGAAUCAGUUUCCACCCUUGCAACAAAGUUUUGUAAGGACAUAUCAGCAGUUACUUAUAUAUAUUUUUUCAAUGUUCACUGUUUUAAAUAGACUAUUAACAGUUUUUAUGUCCCUAGAAAACAUAACUCAUGAAUAACACGAAAGAUUGUGUUUAUAUAUCUUGUUUCUACUGAUUUCUACAUAAUGUAUCUAUUUUUCAUAAUGUCCUUCAUGUCAUUUUAAGGUUAAAGUGUGUUCCUUGCACAGAAUGAAUGUGUUUUCUGUUGGGGAAGAGUCCAGAGCGCUGGCCGAAGUUUAGACCAAGGGUCGUAAAACGAGGCCUACACGCGAUGCUGAGACCAGCUCUAGAGUUUUCCUGGUGGUUGGAGAGCCCCAGCAGGCCCAGGAGAAACCCCACUGUGUUCGUAGACGCCCACUGAGGGCUAAACCCCACCCCCUGAGAGUUGAACACUGACAUUCCAUUGGCUGAACCCCAUAGCCCACUCCUCGAGGAGGCUGGAACCUCUCAGGUCGAUAAAACUGCUGAACCGCUGCUUUUUCCCUGCUCUGACGACUUCAACAAGACCUGUCCAGGUCCCUCCAUACGACCCAGUAGCUAACGGGAGCAAUUAUACAGACGUUUUUUUUUUUCAUCUUUCUUUUCUGUUUCUAUUUUAAGUCGACGUUUUAUUUUGGUAUAGACCAUUUUUUUUGUAACUUUAACUUGAAAAGAUCGGCACAGGAAGUUCACUCGCAGGCCGAGCUCACAGACUUUCUUUUCCACACGAUCUACAAACGGCUCCAAACAGCCGUUCAUCCCUGCAGAAGAACGAAGUUCAUUCCGUUGAGGAGCAAGAAGAAUCCGCUCUUGUUCGGCCCAGCGCUGAUCUC